AUGGAGCGGAUCUACAAUGCAAAGGGGUGUCCGGAUGACAAGAGACUGGCCUUUACAGAGUAUCUGUUGACUGGAGAGGCUAGUUAUUGGUGGACGAGCAUGAAAAUGAUUCUGGCGGACACCCAAAGUCUCAUCUCAUGGGAAGUAUUCAGAAGCAAGUUUUAUGAAGAAUACUUCCCAGAUAGCGUUCGUUUUGUCAAGCAGGUGGAGUUUCUUCAGUUGGUGCAAUGUGGGAUGUCAGUAUCGGAGUACACCAACAAGUUCAAGCACUUAUUGAGGUUUAAUACAAUGGCUACCAGUGAAGAGUGGCGGUGUCGGAAGUUCGAGAAUGGAUUGAGGAGCGAUCUCAAAGUACUGAUUUCAAGCCUAUGUAUUAAGUCUUUUCCAACAAUGGUGGAGAGAGCCAAAGUAUUGGAGAAGAAUAUUUCGGAAGCCGAGCAACAGAAGAAAUAG